UUAUUUAACCAAAGAUCAGCUUAAAGGCCCUAGUCAAGUUGAAAUGUACAUCCAAGCACUUAAGAGAGGCUGUAGAUGUGUGGAAUUGGACUGUUGGGAUGGACCUGAUGGGGAACCAGUCAUUUACCAUGGUUAUACGCUGACCUCAAAGAUACACUUUAGGGAUGUCAUUAGUGCCAUCAAUGAUUAUGCAUUCCAGGCUUCACCAUAUCCAGUAAUACUGUCUUUAGAGAAUCAUUGUUCUGUGGAGCAGCAAAAUGUCAUGGCUGAGAUCAUGAUUUCUAUAUUUCAUAAAAUCUGGUGCCCAGAUGCAGACUUUAUAGCCACACCUACUCCAGAAGAGCUGAGAAACAAAAUUAUUCUCAAGGGCAAGCGGUUACCUGCAGUCGUAGAUCAAAGUGAUGAUGUCAGUGAUGAAGAUGAGGCAGCAGAUAUUCCUGCAGAUUCCAUUCAAGGUGAUGAAAAUGAGAACACCAGAGAAAAAGAUGACCAUGGUCACAAAAAGAUCAAGCUUAGCCAAGCUUUGAGUAAGAUCACAGCAAUGCAGAGUGUCGGCUUCAAGGGUACAGACAAGUCUACCCAGCCUGACCCAUUUUUCACUGUCAUCUCGCUGGGUGAAAACAAAGUGGAGAAAUUAAUCCAAACGGAUCCCCAGGGGUUAAAUGCCAUAACGCAUCAUACUCUUAUCCGCACAUAUCCAGCUGGAAGCAGAACUGAUUCCAGUAACUACAAUCCAGUACCCAUGUGGAACCAUGGAUGUCAAAUUGUGGCCUUGAACUAUCAAACUGGUGGAGAGCCUAUGCAGCUAAACCAUGGACGCUUUUUGGAUAAUGGAGGAGUUGGUUACAUACUCAAGCCAUCAUUUCUGAUGUCAGGUGAGUUUAUAGCAGCAAAAGAUGGUGAAAUCAUCAGUGGAUACCAGAUCCCAAAGCCUAACGACAGUACCAAGGGCGAGGUCAUUGACCCUUUUGUCAAGAUUGAAAUGUUUGGCGUGCCCUCUGAUGUGGCAGAGUACAGAACUAAAGUUAUUGAAAAUAACGGGUUUAACCCCAGAUGGUUUGAGACCUUUACUUUCAAACUCCGAGUGCCAGAGUUAGCACUGCUGAGGUUCAUAGUUAAAGAUGAAGAUCGGGGCAGAGAUGAUUUCAUUGGCUACUACUGCUUGCCUGUGCUCAGUAUACAGGAAGGUUACAGGCACUUCCCUUUGUAUGAUAAACGAGGUCACAUCUACAGCCAAUCAUUGAUAUUUACACAUGUGACAAUGUCCAGUGACUAA